AUGGCUGACAAAGUAGACGCUCCUGAUAAUACCAUGCUGCGCGCUCAAAGUCGCCUUCCUAAAGUCGUUACCCUACUUACACCAGCAGACAACACGACCAAGACAGACGAAGGAGACAGCAAAUACACUAUCAGUACAGAAUAUGACUGUGACCCCAGAAAGUUCGCUUCAUACGACGGCCGCUCCUACUGGUGUCUCUGGGAACCCAGGACUGUAACGGAAUACCAGCUCACAAAGCUACCCUCCCACAACAACUCAAACAUCCACACAGUCCAAGUCGGGUGCAGAACAUAUGCCGCUCAGCUUUCUGAUAAUCCCGAGGCUAUCAAGAAAGAAGUGCAAAACCAUAUAUCGGUCGUAAAGAAAAUGAAUGCCUCAUGGAGGGAAGCGACACGUGACUUUUAUGAGACACACGAAGAUAUUCCGACAGAAAGAAGCACAGGAUCUGAACGCCGAAACAAGAGAAAAUUGAAUCGUCGUUCCAAACAACCCGACGUGCCUCAUCAACCGUAUGUCCCGUAUUCCGUGUGUGAGAUUAUCCGAAAAGAUCAUGAAGGACAAGAUAUACCAACAGCAGGAUACGUCACCAGCUUCAUUCCGCCUCUCCACCCAGCCACCGUCCGCGCUCUUGUCAACACCUUUGUCGAUUCCAGUAUUCAAGAGUCAGUCAAAAAUGACCCGAACUUGUCAAAUGUCAGGCUUCAAGUCCAGCUCGGCAUGAUGGCACCUCCAGACGACCCCCUAAGCACAAGACUUCUUUCCCGCCCCGUGUAUCUUGACCAGCUCUUGUGCGAGGCAGAGAAAUACCUGGAAAUAUGGUGUGAGCAGAUGGGCAUAGCUCUGGCAAUCCUACACUGGGAGUGCAGGCUGGACGCAGCUGGCGUCAAGUUCUAUCUUGCGCCUGAGAAGAGAGGUCAUACGAAGCUGUGGAUGACCAGCUUUGGCGACUGCAAGCCUCUGCAACCAGGCCAAGACGAAACAAAGGCGAUGGCCAAAGCUAUCUAUGACAACCCAGUAUGGCCGCGAUCUCCGCUUAAACGAAACAAAGCCCAUGGGAAAGAGUAUUGGCUGAAGAUGCGUACGUACGAGAGCUUCAUCCGAGCGUAUACUACCGCGAGCGAAAACAUCUUGUCACGGGACUCGCCGGAAUCUAUCAAGCGCUACCCGAUCCGUUUCAACGAAAAGUUGGCUUUCAUGAGCUCAGGCUCGAGUCCAAUUCUGGACGGGAUCCAAGACACACUAGAUAAACUGAAAAGGAUAAGUCUGAAGUUCUGGGAGAGGAAGGCGACCUGA